AUGAAAAGUCUUUAUGAUGAGAUAAAGAGCUUCAAAAAGAGGAUGACCGCUGGGAAGGGGGUGGCUAGAAGUCAGCAAAAUCUGGCCACCGGUCAGUAUUAUUUCCCGUUAAGGAAGACACAGUCGAAGGAUCGGGAGAGCGUCAAUUAUUGGAGAGACAAGGUAGGGUUUUGAAUAAUUUUGGUUAAAAUAUUACAUUUACUAUGAGCCCGUCGGGAAAAUAGUGGUCUCCAGCUGCGACUUGCCGUGGCAAAGCGAUGAUGGGCUAUUCAAAGGCGCGACAACUUGCCACCAUUUUCCCGGCAGACUGAUAUUGUGCCGGCAAGUGGAAGCACUCCAAGUGCAACGUUCGGAUUUUCUAUAAAUUUUGCGCAUACGUUGGGCAUGGGACACGUAUCAAUUUCCGAGAGUUUUAGCUUGUACUUUCCAGGCGCCGCCGAGAUAUUCAGCGGCCUUUGCGGCCCAGAGAGUACGCAAAAUGUGGAGCGCGACCAAAGAAAAAUAACUUUUGGCCAUAGACGGAAAAACUUAAGUUUUAUGUCUAAACAUUACUCCCUGCAGUAGAAAGCGGGAUGAAACUUUGAACGCCAAAAUUGCAAAAAAUGUCAAAUUUCUAUAAUAUCAUCUUUCGGUCUAAAAAUCUCGUUGGUUUCUGCAAAGCGCGAGUUAGCGGGCUUGCAUACGUCAUAGAAAAAUUUAUUCUAAAUUUGUGCCAAGUUUCAUCAAAAUCUGAGCGCCGCACUUGGGCUACUUCCGACGUUAACUGAAUCACACUUCUAUAAACCCAAAAUAUCGCACCUUCAGAACUGUUGCUGUCAGCAACGCGCGUUGGAGGCCGAAAACGCUCAACGAAAGCUCAUCGAGGAGAACGUCGAACUCCGUCGGCUAUGCCUUUACUUGGACAAGGUGCGGAUUCAGAAGCAACGACAAGUUCGCGACCUGCAACAAGCCCAUCAGACCUACGAGAGCCACGCCCACACUCUGCAACAGCAACAACAGUGCUGCUACGCGCCGCCUUGUUGUUCGCAAUGCAACUACCAAGAGCAGUGCUGUCAGAUGGAGAACGGAUCGCUGAAAUGGAGUGAGUCGCCGAAUGAAAACCGCAGAACGGAGACGCCGAAGAAGCCGCCGGACGAGGAGCUGAUGGCGUAUGUGAAAGCGUUGGAGGAGAGGAUUUUACUGUUGGAAUCGGAGAAGAACUCGAGAAAUGGAAGUCGCUAUCAGGUGGGUGGAUUCAAAAUAUCGUUCUGUCGGGAAAAUAAUGAGCACUGUCUUACCGAAAAUUGCAUCUCCGUCGAGAAAACUACUUGUGCCGCGGCAAAAUUGUUUUUUCUGCAUGCUGUGCAACGCGGUUGGCGCAUCGACAUUGUGCUCAUUAUUUUUCCGACAGACUGAUAGAGAAAGAAAAAGGGAUAUUUCUCGAGGUUAAAAAUUUUCUUUUCCUCUUAACUCGGCAAAUUUCGAGCGGGCAAAAUAGAUUUUUUCAGCUGCCCCUACACAGUUAGUCCUCAUAAAAUUUCUUUUCAGAGUCAAGACCGUCUCGUCAAAGCCAACGCCACCAUUCAGACCUCCUUCACCGAGUCCGUUGGCUACUCCUGUUCCACGCCGCAGUCAGUCAUCUCGGAUGAAAGUUACACGCCACAGGCAGCGACCGAAAAUGAUCUGCAACACCUUCAAGUUUCAAUGGAAACAAGCAGUAAGUCGCUAGUAGACAUGGCUUUUGGGUCGGGCCAAACUGUACUAGAUAAUAUUAUAAGAUUAAGUUGGCCUUAUAACUAUUGACAUUUCUUACUAGUCCAUUCGUAUUAGUCAAGGUGCGAGCGACAGCUGAAAAAGGUCUGACGUGAAAAAUUGUAACAGGCCAGGCAAAACCAUGUGCGGGCUGGGCCCGGCCCGAAAGCCAUGUCUUGUCUCCGGCUUAAACCCCUCUAAUUUGAAGGCACUUUGACAGGUUCGGGCACCACCUACACCAGCGAUUCGUUCGACGACCCGGACGAUGAUAUUUCCAUCGCCACCACCGUCUAUCGCCCCCUCAACAAGAGCCAGAAGACUGGCGUGGAUGUGAAGGAGCUGCAAAGCACUCAAACCGCCUCGACAAUCGUUCGGAAGUUCAUUUCGACACGAGAAAAGUUCCUUCAGCAUCUGCGGCGGAAGGUGGAGAGUCCGGAAUACGCGCAGAUCCAAAGGAACAUGGAGACGGCGAAAGAGAAGCGACGCCGCUACGCGUACGGCCAUUCGUUUGAUGUGGCCGACACCUACGAAUACACGGCGCAUGAUGAGUACGAAGAAGCGAGUGACAUCGAUGAUCUUCCGCCCAAGUUGAACUUGAUCUUGGUGAGUUUCGAAUCGGGAAUGUUUUGAUGAGAACUUACCUCCGAACUUGCAGAAAUUACCGAGUGUUUACUAGUCCUUUUGCAAAGUCUCAAUUAUACUUCUAACAACCUUUUUCAGACCUCCGCCGCUCUGAAUCGCCGACACACCGCUCGUCUUUCCGCCUAG